UGGUUCGUGUAUUGCACUAGUAGAACAAACAUUGCUUGGUUUAUGCCUAUAUGUCCCUAUAUGUUUACAUACAGAAUAAAUAAUAUUUUAAUAUUAUUUGUGUAGAAUUACAAUAAAAUCAUAAUAUUCAAUUGAGACAAAGCAGCUCAUUUUGGACUUGAGCUUUAAAUAAUGUGUGACAUCAGUGUUUUGUCAUUAAAAUAGAGGAAAGUCACAACUACACAUUUAGUCAUAAAAGGCUCCGCAAAUAUCAGCAAGUAUAUGUUUUCAGGUAGUUCACUUAUUAGUGUGAACUUAUUAGUGUGAACUUAUUAGUGUGAACUUAUUAGUGUGAACUUAUUAGGGAGCAACUAAAACAAAUGGAAUAGGACAGAAGGCUGGCUAUGACGUUCGGCUGAGGAGGAACACCAGGCGGCAGAGCACGAGGCAGAACCUGAGGAGGAAUGCACUGUACAAGAAAGACUGAAUGGCAAAAAGACUGAUAAGACGAAAACAACUGAGUCCACAGCAAGAUGCUGAGAUUCACAUCAAAAACAAGACAGACAAACUGGGUCUUGAGGAGAGAUUUAUUAGCUCUUCUAAAGGACGAGGUGUAUUUGCGACUGCCAACUUUUCCAAAGGAGAUUUUAUCCUGGAAUACAGAGGCCAACUCUUAACACAAAAUCUCAUUCAAAACAUUAAUUCAGGAACAGUGUUUAUUUUUGAUUUUCAAUGGAGAGGGAAGUACUGGAGUGUGGAUGCAUCUGUUGAAGACAAAUCUUUAGGGAGGCUUGUAAAUGAUGAACACAAGAAACCAAACUGCAAAAUAAAAGUUGUUGAAGUAGAUGGAAUGCCAACCCUGUGCUUAUUUGCACUUAGAGAUAUUUUACCAGGAGAAGAAAUUAACUAUAAUUAUGGGGAUUCAGAUUGGCCCUGGCGCAAACAGGUUAAACCAGAAGCUUCCACUGCCAAGACUCUUCAGAAGCCUCUUAUAACUACAGGGGAAGAGAACUAUCCUGUGAAGUGUGCAAAGAGAGCACUGACUGCUAGCAGAGUUCAAGAAAAGAGAGAGGCUCCCAGGAAGUCUUUCACAAUUAUGGAGAGUGAGGAACAAGGAGAACACUCUGUUAGUUGCAUCCAGAAGAGCCCUGAGACAGACUGCUCUUCCUGCCCAGUUAUAGACGAGGACAGUUCACAGGACAAGCCUUUGGGUGCUGCAGAAAACCAGAUGUAUGCAGAAACUCCCAUGAGUCACAUUGUGAGGGAUAAGCAGACCGUUUCUUCACGUCAGACAAAAGGAAGGACUAGGUCACUCGAAAGGCCUCUUGGAAUUACAGAGCGUAAGGAACAAGGAGAACACUCUGUUAGUUGCAUCCAGAAGAGCCCUGAGACAGACUGCUCUUCCUGCCCAGUUAUAGACGAGGACAGUUCACAGGACAAGCCUUUGGGUGCUGCAGAAAACCAGGAACAAGGAGAACACACUGUUAGUUGUAUCCAGAAGAGCCCUGAGACAGACUGCUCUUCCUGCCCAGUUAUAGACGAGGACAGUUCACAGGACAAGCCUUUGGGUGCUGCAGAAAACCAGAUGUAUGCAGAAACUCCCAUGAGUCACAUUGUGAGGGAUAAGCAGACCGUUUCUUCACGUCAGACAAAAGGAAGGACUAGGUCACUCGAAAGGCCUCUUGGAAUUACAGAGCGUAAGGAACAAGGAGAACACUCUGUUAGUUGCAUCCAGAAGAGCCCUGAGACAGACUGCUCUUCUUGCCCAGUUAUAGACGAGGACAGUUCACAGGACAAGCCUUUGGGUGCUGCAGAAAACCAGGAACAAGGAGAACACUCUGUUAGUUGUAUCCAGAAGAGCCCUGAGACAGACUGCUCUUCCUGCCCAGUUAUAGACGAGGACAGUUCACAGGACAAGCCUUUGGGUGCUGCAGAAAACCAGUGUGGAACUGCAGAACAUGUUCCGAGAACAGAUAUGAAACAGAGUGCUUUGGAAAAGCACCGUGAAAUGCUCUUGCUUCAGCGUGCAGAACUUUCAUGUGAAAUAUCCAAGAUAGACAAAUUGUUGGAUUCACCAUCUCCUGGAGCUGACAGCCGUGGUAGCAACUCCUUACUUGGUACUGAAGACUUAGAGAUGCAGCAAGAAAGCCAAAACGUAAGUGGCAGGCCUCUGAGGUAUGUGCAGUAGAGCGGCAUCUGAUGAGAUACAUCCAAACUGGUAAAGUGCCUCAGAAGCUAGACUGUAUCCAAUGUUUACACGCAGAAUCCCACGCGCUCAGCGAUCGAUCAUGGACCGAUGUGAAAAAUUUUGUACGCAACAGGAGCAUCACCUUAAAGAAACAGUUCAGCUCAGCUUGUUAGGGCAAAAUUGUGUUAAUAUUGUUGGUGUAAUAUUUGUUCUGCAACACAUAUAAAGCAAGAUGUCAUAUUUAGCCAGAUAAUUAAACCUUUACUGAAUUUUACCAAAAGCUUACUGAACAGAAAUCGUGUAAAGUAUGUGUACAGAUAUCUGGGUAACUUUUGUGAAAUACUCCCAGCUUUUUACUGUCGCAGUUUUGUAAUGAAAUGUAAUUCAGACAGACCCACAGCACUGUGCAAACGUCUUGUGGAUAACUAUUUAUCUUGGUAGUAUAGAGUUUGUACAAAUCAACAUUAACUUAAGAAUAAAUAUAAAUUGGCAUAAAACAAUUCUUAUUUAGUAGUUCAAUAAAUGAGGCACUGCUUGUGGAAUUUAACAGAUCCAGUCUUUUGACAGCACUAACUUCACUAUAACAAAUCCUGUAUAAUAAGUUUUGUUCUAACUAACAUAUCCUUAAAUUUACUAAACCAAAUCGGUUUUCUAACAACGUUUUUUAACUAACAUAUCUAUAAAUUCACUUAACCAAAUCGGUGUUCUAACAACGUUUUUUUAAAUAACAUCUAUAAAUUCACUCAACCAAAUCGGUGUUCUAACAAUGUUUUUCUAACUAACAUAUCUAUAAAUUCACUAAACCAAAUCGGUGUUCUAACGACGUUUUUUUUUAACUAACAUAUCUAUAAAUUCACUAAACCAAAUCGGUGUUCUAACAACGUUUUUUUAAAUAACAUCUAUAAAUUCACUAAACCAAAUCGGUGUUCUAACAACGUUUUUUUAAAUAACAUCUAUAAAUUCACUCAACCAAAUCGGUGUUCUAACAAUGUUUUUCUAACUAACAUAUCUAUAAAUUCACUAAACCAAAUCGGUGUUCUAACGACGUUUUUUUUAACUAACAUAUCUAUAAAUUCACUAAACCAAAUCGGUGUUCUAACAACGUUUUUUUAAA